CUUCCUGUUCCUGUAACAGCAAACAUCAGCUCUGAAUUCACUAUUUGCCUCAGUUCGUUCUGUCUGCUCAUACCUACUGGCGCAGGCAGGGUGGGGAUGCGCCGUGGAAACCUGGAGGGCAGAGGAGAUGCAUGAGGUAGAUGGUCGGAGGCAAGGAAGCAGCAUUUGACGCUGGGAAGCCUCUCCACAUUGGACCCCCACUUCUCUUUUACUGGCAUCUUAAAAGGAGCUUCUCCAUUUAAUUUUUCUUCUUCUACUUCUUCUUUUUACCAUACUUUUGAUUCUACUUGCUGUCUUACAACAAUAAUGAGGUGGUUCCACCGUGAUCUCAGCGGCAUAGAUGCAGAAGCCUUACUCAAAGCACGAGGAGUUCAUGGCAGCUUCUUGGCUCGCCCCAGCCGGAAGAACAAAGGGGACUUUUCUCUUUCUGUCAGGGUUGGUGACCAGGUAACCCACAUCCGUAUCCAGAAUACAGGGGAUUUUUAUGAUCUUUAUGGAGGAGAAAAGUUUGCCACUUUGUCAGAAUUAGUGGAAUAUUACACACAGCAGCAAGGAUCCCUGCAAGAUAAAGAUGGAACCAUCAUAGACUUGAGGUAUCCACUGAACUGCUCCGAUCCGACAACAGAGAGGUGGUACCAUGGGCAUCUUUCUGGUCCAGCGGCUGAAACCAUGCUCCAAACCAAGGCUGCCCCAUGGACCUUCUUGGUGCGUGAGAGCCUUAGCAAGCCUGGUGAUUUUGUGCUGUCUGUCCUGACUGACCAACCUAAAUCCGGGACUGAUGCUAUGCCGGCUGGAGCCAGCAGCACCCCAAAAGUGCGCAUGAAAGUCACCCAUAUCAAGAUCAUGUGUGAGAAGGGGAAAUACACUAUUGGGGGUGCAGAGAACUUUGGAAGUUUGGCCGACCUGGUGGAGCAUUUUAAGAAGACAGGUAUUGAGGAGGCAUCUGGAUCCCAUGUAUAUUUGCGACAGCCUUUCAAUGCUACCCGAGUAAAUGCAGCUGACAUCGAGAACAGAGUACAAAUGCUUAACAAGAGAAGCCAAAUGGAAGAAGCAGCCAAAGGUGGUUUCUGGGAGGAAUUUGAUAGCCUGCAAAAGCAAGAAACAAAGAACUUGUAUGAUCGGCAUGAAGGCCAGAGACCAGAAAACAAGGGCAAGAAUCGCUAUAAGAACAUAUUGCCAUUUGACCAUUCCCGGGUGAUCCUCCAAGACAGAGAUGAAAACAUUUGUGGGUCUGAUUAUAUCAAUGCCAACUACAUCCAGAACAAGCUCUUCAGUCCUGAGGAAUGCAGUAAAAUGUACAUUGCCAGCCAAGGUUGCUUGGAUGCCACAGUCCAUGAUUUUUGGCAGAUGGUGUGGCAAGAAAAUUCACGCAUCAUUGUAAUGACCACCCGGGAGGUGGAGAAAGGAAGGAACAAAUGUGUCCCCUACUGGCCGGAGGUGGGAAGCACCAAAGAGUACGGGCCGUACAUAGUGGAGAAUGUUAGAGAACAUGAAUCCCUGGAGUAUAAACUCCGACAGCUUCGUCUUUCACCAAUCAAUAAUGGUGGGGCUGUGAGAGACAUCUGGCAUUACCAGUACCUGAGCUGGCCUGAUCAUGGAGUGCCCAGUGAGCCCGGAGGAGUUCUUGGCUUCCUCACCCAGAUCAAUCAGCAGCAGGAGAGCGUCCCAGAAGCCGGGCCCAUCGUGGUGCACUGCAGUGCUGGGAUUGGUCGCACAGGGACCAUCAUCGUCAUUGACAUGAUCGUGGAUAUGAUCUCAACAAAAGGGCUGGACUGUGACAUAGAUAUCCCCAAGGUCAUUCAGAUGGUUCGGGCCCAGCGCUCAGGAAUGGUGCAAACUGAAGCCCAGUACAAGUUCAUCUACAUGGCCAUCUGCCAGUUUAUAGAGGUCACCAAGAGAAAGCUGGAUAUUAUGCAGAAAGGAAAAGUCAGUGAGUCUGAGUAUGGAAAUAUAACCUACCCACCCGCACAGAAGUCCUCACAUCCAAAGGCUUCGCGAAAAUCAUCCAGGCAGAAGGAGGAACUCACCCUCUAUGAGAAUUUAGAAAACACCAAAGGCAGGCAUGAGGAGAAAGGGCCUUGGCCUUCAGGGAGGGAGAAGAAACCAAAGGGCUCUCUGAAGAAAAAGUAAUGCCAUGCAGCUUCCAGCAAGGCUGCCUGAAUGUCUUACCUGCAGCAGGCAUCGCCUUCUGCUCUGCUCAGAACUUUUCCCAGAGGUUCAUCGAACUGUGGACAGCCUGCCCAGCUGGACCAUCCAGGUGGCACUUUCUCCUCCUAUUAAUGAAUCUGGCUCUCUCCCAGCUAGGACUCACCGACUCGUUUUGCUGUCGGAGAGCAUUUCCGUAUGGGCUUGUUUUGUUUUGUUUUGGGCUGCAGGGACCUCUGAUGCAUUCUCAGCAGAUGUGCCGCUUGUGGCCCCUAACAACUGUGACACGACCACCCUCAUCCCAUUCCUCUUGGAUUCUCACAUACACCAGUUUAUGCAUUAGGUCUUUCCUGCCCCUGCCUUAAAAGUCAGGCUUUGGGGGCUCAGACAAAAUCCAAUCUCUCAGGACUGGAAAACCUCCUGCCUCUUUUCUGUAUCAUGGGCCCUGGAGUCUUCUGUUCAUCAUGACCUCUGAGCCCUUCCAGGUACCAGGCCUUGCCAGGUCAGGAAGCUGGUUACACUGCCUUUGAUUAAAUAUUGCUUUUAUAGCGUUACUUUCUUCCUGGUCCAGUUUCUUUCUGCUACUCAUUUGAGUCAUUUUCUUAUCAACAACAGAGGGAUGCCACUUCAACUGUAACCUCUAUUUAGCAACUGAACCUUUCCAUGUUCCUCUUGAAAGAGACAGUCUUCUAAUCUAAAGGAAUGGCUGCCUUUACUUUAGGACAAAACUAGUAGGUGUGUUUCAUUAGUAGACUUUGCUUUGUUUAAUUAUUAAUUGGAUUUUCGAACUCAGAAUUGCAGGGUGAGACUUCUGGGCUCACCACCGCUGCCAGAUUAGAAGUUCCCCUGUGAAGCAAAACGCUGCAGGCAGCACAUUCCAGAGGGCACGGCUAUUUCCUCCUUCCUCUGUCCGAGAACUCUAAUUCUGAUUUUUUAAACAAAACUAUACAUUUUGCUUCAAGAUGCAAAAAUGUUUGGAGCUAAUAAGCAGGGAAUUGACUUAAAAGCACACACUCUAUACCAGGGGUGGGCAGAAGGUACGUUUACUGGUAGAUCACUGGGUGAUUUAUAAUAAAUUGGCAAGGAUUUCUGACUCCUCUUUGGUUAAUGAAAACCAGCAUUUAAAAGCUGUCCCCCACUUAACCAUAGUUGCUGAAAAAGAACAGCUGGGGACAAGUCAGCCCACCAUGUUCUUUAGAAGCUCCCUCAGCCUGACUUCUCACUGUAUGCCCACCCUCCUGAACCAUUAUUUUAUUCCUAUCUCUGGUGGGUGGAUCUCAGUGUUUGAGGAAGAACAAACCAGAUCCUACAAAUGUGGGGUCUGCUCAUGCCUGCCCAAGUCAGCACCAGAUAUCAUUACACUGCUGCCAGAUGUGUACCUUUUAGACGGGCAUAAAAACUUGCACAUUUCCUACUAGACACACUUUCACCAAAAUGGACCUUUAGGCUUUGGCAAUAGGACACCCGUGGCAAAGGAAGCAACCCAGAAUCACCUAUCAGAAUACCAAAACCAUGUAUUUAUUGAUUAUAAACCCAGAUUUAAAAUGCACAAGUUUCUUUGGGGGGAAGUAACUUUUGCGGAACAACUAACAAUUUAAAUACAAGACUAAUAAACAUUUAAGCUUUU